AUGCACGGGAGGCAAAACGUGAAUGGGAGGGGGAGGUUUGAUGGUAGAGUGCAUGGAAGUGAGUGGCAGGCCCCAGAUAGGGGUAGGCUGAAAUUGAAUUGUGAUGGUGCGGCCUCUGAUAACUUAGGUCGUUAUGGUUUGGGCUUUGUUGUGAGAAAUGAAUUGGGAGCUGUCUUGUUGGCUGCAGGGCAAAUAAUUGUUAAUCUAGUUUCAGCUUUGAUUUCGGAAUUGUUGGCCAUCAAAGAAGGGUUGGAGAUGGUGAAGGAAAGAAGAUUAAGUAGUGUCGAAGUGGAGAAUGAUCGUUUAAGUGCAGUGCAGCUUAUUAAUCAUAAGGAGAAAUGUUUUGUGGCGGAAGGUAUUAUAGUGGAAGAGAUUCAGACUCUUCUACGAGAGGUUAGAAUUUCUGUGAUUAAGCAUACAUCGCGGAAUAAUAACAAGGCUGCUCAUGCAGUUACAAAUUUUGUAGCCCGAGAGGAUGUGCCUUCUUGGCUCAUGUCCAUCACCGAGAGUGAGAGCCUUUAA